GGCCACCAACCCCCCAGAAGCAAUGGCCCAGCCGUACACGCCUGCCCAGUACCCGCCUCCCCCACAGAAUGGCAUCCCGGCCGAGUUUGCGGCACCCCACCCCCUCCCCACGCAGGACUACACCGGGCAGAACAGGGUGCCUGAGCAUGCCAUGACCCUCUACACCCCCACACAGACGCACAGUGAGCCGCCGGGCACCGACAACAACACGUCCGCAAUCACCGCCAACACGACUGUACCGACAGAUGACGUGACGCAAUCAGAGGUCUCCCUACAGCUCCAGCUGCAGCUCUCGGACUCCUCGGAGAAGCAGCAGCCCAAGAGGUUACAUGUCUCCAACAUCCCCUUCCGCUUCCGCGACCCCGACCUGCGGCAAAUGUUUGGGCAAUUUGGAAAGAUUCUAGAUGUGGAGAUUAUCUUUAAUGAGCGAGGAUCCAAGGUGAAUAAUGCAACAGCAAGAGUGAUGACAAACAAAAAAGUUGCCAACCCGUACACAAAUGGCUGGAAGCUGAACCCUGUGGUGGGUGCUGUCUAUGGUCCUGAACUGUAUGCUGUAACAGGUUUCCCUUACCCGGCCACAGGGGCUACGGUGGCCUAUAGGGGUGCCCACUUGCGAGGCCGGGGGCGGGCUGUGUACAACACCUUCCGCACAGCACCUCCACCACCACCUAUUCCAGCCUAUGGAGCAGUGGUGUACCAGGAUGGCUUCUACGGAGCAGAAAUCUAUGGGGGCUACGCUGCGUACAGAUACGCCCAGCCCACCACCGCUGCUGCCUACAGUGACAGCUAUGGCAGAGUCUAUGCAACAGCAGACCCCUACCACCACACAAUCGGCCCUGCCGCUACAUACAGUGUGGGGACCAUGUAAAUAACAAAGGCAACGCUGUGCUCAGUAUUGAUGGACAUCACAGAUGAAAACAACGAGAAGAGGAGAACUAGCUUUAAGAAAACAACAGGAGAAGAAGAGAAGGAGUCCCUCUACUGAGGCUGGUGAGGAGAGACGGGAGGCGUGCAUGUGGAGUGGUGGUGUCAAUACCAGCCACAAGCGCUACAGACGGAGUGAGCCAGUUUCCACCAGGGACUUCCUUUGCCGGAUAGAAGAGAAAGACAACGAGAGAAAAAAAGAGAGAAAGCAUCCUGUUAUUAUAACACAUUUUAUUUUUCUAUACUUUUGUGAUUUACAGCUUGUGAUUUACAAGUAAAAAGUGUGUAUAAAACAGUAUAUAUGUACAAAUAUGUUUUUAUGUUUUUGGUAAGGAAGACGAACAGUUGGCCCUCGAUGCUGAUUCUGUGGUGGAGAGGGAGAGUCCUGCUCUUCUCUCUCUGGCACACCACUCCUGUCACUGACAGACAAGAGGAGGUGAUGUAUAUAUAUAUGCAUACAGUAAUGUUACAGUGGCAGGCUAGGAGGGUUCAGCAUCCGGGCAAAAACAUUGUAUUACAGGUCCACUUUCUGUGGGUCGGAGUCAAUGGUUAACUUCCAGCUGGAGGUCUCUAUGGUUACACUUCCUGUGUGCGGUCUUUUCGUGGUCUCACUGGUCCGCUUCCUUCCUUGCGCUGGUGCCACUGUUCCACUGUUCUACUUCCUGUUGCAGUGUCACUGGCCAGCUUCCUAUGGGUAGUCACUGCUGUUCUCUACUUCCCUGUGGAUACUGUCGUCAUGACUCCACUUCCUCCUGGCAGCACCACUGGUCCACUCUCCAUGGGCAGUACUGUCACUGGUCUACUUGUCUGUGGGUAAGCCAGUAGAGAAAUGAGAUAAGUUCCUCCCCCAGCUCCCUUUCCUCUCCAAGCCCCAGCAGAGUCUCAGAUUCAUGACGAGAGAAAGAGAGAGAGUUUGAUGCGUUAGUCCCUGACUUUCCUCACCUGCCAGGGUCAAAGCCCAAGCCUUUGUGUCUCUAUCUGCACCAGUGGACAAAGUAUCUCAAACAGACAGACCAACAAGCCAGGGUGCAUUUAACUAACGAUGCACGUUUCCAGAGAAGAGAAAUACUUAUCAAUGUCCAUGUAACAAUUGAAUUAUAAUCGAAUAAUCUAAUUGUAAUACAUCAGCAGGUGCAUAACCAAAACACAAGCCUAAGGCAUAUGGACUAUGUCGCUUGAUAAACAUUAUAGAACUAGUGCCCAUCCAAUGGUAAUAAAGGAAUGAGGGCUGAAACAUGUCAAUUACAAUGUUGUUUUGUCAAUGUAUUCUGAGAAUAUUUAUUUGUGUGAUUUGCAGCACUGAAAACUUUUAAAGAAGAAAAAAACGUUUUAAUUUGUUGAAGCAACCUUACUUUAUAUCAGGAGAGUCACUGUAAACAUGUGUUUAAACAAGAAUGUUGGUUCAGUUCUUGAAUGUAUUUUAAUGUCUAGGGUGUCCAACAAGUAUGUAUUCUUUUUCUGUAUAUAAAUAUAUAUAUAUAUAUAUAUAUACAUAUCUAUUAUAUGGGCUGUGGUGGUGUCAGGGAGUAGAGGGGGUAGAUAAGGGGCACCCUCCUACAAGCUAUACCCCUGAUAUACUGUAACAUGUGAUCAUGUGUUAUAUGACUGAAAGCGUGAUGGUGAUUGUGUGAACUGAUCUUCCCCUCCCCCUGCACUUAAAGAGAUUGGACAGGAUCUUAAGCACUUACAAAUUCGUAACAUGCUGUAUGAAUUGGAAUUCAUAACAUAUCAUGCACAUUCUUUUUGCAAGACAAAAUGGAUGACGUUGUACACAAUUGUGCACAGUUUUCGGGGACUGAAAAACUACUGGCUGAAAUUAUAUGAAACCUUCAUAAUGCAUCUUUAAACAAACACACAUAUGAACACACACUCAAAUACAGAGAAUCACAGACACACGUUUUGGCCUAGAAAUAUGCUACAGAACUGCUUAACAACUUGCUGAUUGCCAACAGAUAGCUAGUGCUCCAGAUAGUCAUACACAACUACUCUGGCCCUGCAGGGCCCCAACUACUUUCUCUCAGCUAUAUUACAGACACCCUUAUGGAAAUAACAUGUAUAUUCGUCAUCACAUUAAGUAACAGGUCCUGUUGAGGAAGGCAUUGAUCAUAAGCUGUUUUAGUGUAUAGAUGUAGAUUUGAUUGUGAGAGUUACAUAGUGUAUGUGGAACUAACUCCCAGUCAGUUUCAGGUGAAAUGUGAGUGUGAAGAAACAGCAGGUGGGAUGUCAGGCAGGCAGGCAGUAGGCCACCCUCCUGAUCUCUGUGUAGACUGCAAGUACCAGUCCUUAUCUUCCUGAGCCCUGAGCACAAUGGCUUGAGCUGUGACAUGAGCAGGAUAUCCCUCUGAGAGAGAGUUACUACUGUACCACCCCCUCCCGUUCUACUGUGUGAGUCUACCGCCCCUUUUGUAUUCCUGACCCUACUGUACAUAAUAUCCCCCCUCGCGAUACCCCUUCCCCUCUGACUCCCAAAAUCUUGUAUUUUGUUCUAUAAUGACACAUUUAUUUAUAAGGAUUUUUUAAAUAUAUCUCUUUCUCCUUUUUGUAAAUGUUCCAGUUAAAUAAAGUUAAAAAAUGUUAAAAAAUGCAAUGGAUAUAUUGAAAGGUAAAAGUCUCUAAAAGUCCCCUCUCCUCUGGCUCUGUAUUCUAAACUUUGUGUUUCUUUUUUUCUCUUUCUGUAUGCUUCUCUUAUGUGCUUCAGAUUAAGAGUUCUAUUUAUUAUGGCAUUAACGUUAUUAUAAUUAUGACUAAUUAUUAAUAUUAUCAUCAUCAUCCUCAUCAUCAUUAUUAUCAUUAAUAAACGUGUCUACUUCAA